UACUAAGUAUCAAAUAAUUAAUAAAAUUGAUAAAAAAAAAUCUUUUUUUUUAUCUCAAUUCACCAAGAUCAAGAAGUGAAUUCAUCCAAUCAACCCCCCCCCCCUUUUUAAUAUAAAUUGGAUGGGAAUGAAUGAAGAAAUACAAAAUGAUCUGAUACCCAAUUUUACACUUUUGUUCUUUCACAAAUUUGUGAUACUUUACAACACAUAUAAGAUAAAACCGUGGGCGAUACCAAUCCAAUUUCUUUUUUUUAAUUUUCAUGAAAAUGUUAGUAAAAAUAAUAAAAGCAACAAGAAAGAAAAUGGCGAUCUUUUUACUACAUCAAACGAAAACAAAAUUAUUGAAUUAAAGAAUCGAAAUCAAGAAGAAAAAGAAUUCGAAGACCAAGUAGACUUUGGAUCUGUUUUCGCCAAUCACGAAAAAGAUAUUGAAGAAGAUUAUAUGGAUUUAGGUAUGAAAAAACAUAAACAUAAAAAGCAAAACAAAAGUCAUACGGAAGUCGAACUGGAUUUCUUCCUAAAACGAUAUUUAUGUUUUCAAUUAAGAUGGAAUGGUUCUUUAAAUCAAAAAAUAAUCAAUAAUAUCAAAAUAUAUUAUUGUCUCCUGCUUAGACUGACAAAUCCACGAAAAAUUAUUCUAUCUUCUAUUCAAAGGCAAGAAAUAAGUCUGAAUAUUCUAAUGGUUCAGAAAGAUUUAACUCUUACAGAAUUGAUGAAAAAGGGAAUAUUGAUUAUCGAACCUGUCCGUCUGUCGAUAAAAAAUGAUGGACAAUUUCGUUUGUAUCAAACUGUAGGUAUCAUAUUAGUUCAUAAGAACAAACAACAAAUUAAUCAAAAAUACAGAGACAAAAUGGAUUCUAUUUCUAUUGAAAGGCAUCAAAGUCGAAUUGGAAAUAGAGACAAAAAUAAUUAUGAUUUAGCUGUUCCCGAAAAUAUUUUAUCCCCGAAACGCCGUAGAGAAUUAAGAAUUCUAAUUUCUUUGAAUUUAAAAAAUAAAAACAAUAUUCAUAUAAAUACAGAAAUUUGCAAUGCUAAUACUAUAAAAAAUGGUGGUCCCGUUUUUGCUAAAAGUAAAGAUUUUGUUAGAGAGAAAAAUAAACUAAUUAAAUUCAAAUUUUUUCUUUGGCCCAAUUUUCGAUUAGAAGAUUUAGCUUGUAUGGAUCGUUAUUGGUUCGAUACUAAUAAUGCCAGUCGGUUCAAUAUGGUAAGGAUAUGUAUCUAUCCACAGUUGAAUUUUUGUUAAGGGUGUUUUUCAUAUAUAUCCCAUAGCAUAUUUGAUCUAUAAAUGAAUCAAUGGAAUUUGUAGAAUUUUGUUCUCUUUUGUA